AACUUCCAGGCUCAGGCUCUGCUAUGGUCAUGCCCUCGCUCCUUGGUCGACUGACAGGGCCCUGGACCAAUGAGACGCCUCGGUUGAGAGAAGUUUCUGGCCACUACCAUAAAUGGCCACAGCUCCGUGUCACCCAGGCUAUAAAUGGAGCCCGCUGCUGUUAGCAACCGUCGUUUUUACUGGACAUCCGUUGGGGUGCGGGAGAUCUACCUGUGUGGAACACCAUGGCUACUGUCAAGGAGAAGCUGAUGACCCCCCUUACUGCAGGAAUCAAAGUCCCAAACAACAAGAUAUCUAUUGUGGGGGUUGGACAGGUUGGGAUGGCCUCUGCUAUCAGCAUCCUUGGGAAGGGUCUUUGUGAUGAGCUUGCUCUGGUUGAUGUUAUGGAAGACAGACUGAAAGGAGAAAUGAUGGAUCUACAGCAUGGGACCGUGUUCCUUCACACUCACAAGAUUGUGGCAGGCAAAGACUAUGCUGUCACAGCCAACUCCAAGAUUGUGGUAGUAACUGCAGGAGUUCGUCAGCAAGAGGGCGAGAGUCGUCUCAACCUGGUUCAGAGGAAUGUGGAUGUCUUCAAAUCGAUCAUUCCUCAGAUUGUAAAACAUAGCCCCAACUGUAUCUUCCUGGUGGUUUCCAAUCCAGUGGAUAUAUUAACCUAUGUGACAUGGAAGCUGAGUGGCCUGCCAAAACACCGUGUGAUUGGAAGCGGCUGCAAUCUGGACACAGCCAGAUUUCGCUACCUGAUGUCUGAGAGACUUGGUAUCCACCCAGAUAGCUGCCAUGGCUGGAUCCUGGGAGAACAUGGUGAUUCUAGUGUGGCUGUCUGGAGUGGAAUGAAUGUGGCAGGCGUUUCUCUCAAGGAGCUGAAUCCUGCCAUGGGAACUGACAAAGACAGUGAGAACUGGAAGGAAGUCCACAAGCAAGUGGUUGACAGUGCCUACGAGGUAAUAAAACUUAAAGGCUACACAAACUGGGCUAUUGGCCUUAGUGUUGCUAACCUCUGUGAGACCAUCCUGAAGGACUUGUACCGGGUUCACUCAGUCUCAACACUGUUCAAGGGUAUGUAUGGCAUUGAGAAUGAUGUCUUCUUGAGCCUUCCUUCUGUCCUAAGCGCUGCUGGACUGACCAGUGUCAUCAACCCAAAGCUGAAGGAUGAUGAGGUGGCUCAGCUGAAGAAGAGCGCAGAGACACUGUGGAACAUCCAGAAAGAUAUCAAAGAUCUGUAACUCAUGAAUGUUAAAUUCCAGUAACAGGUAAAAAGUGUGUUGUAUGCAAAUGUGGGGUUUAUUCACUGUACAUCUGUAUGGUUAAUGUUUAAUGCUCUUCCAGGCUGGGCUUUGUUCACCCUAGCUAAACUUACGCUUACUGUAACGCACAGACCUGAUGAACAAAUAAAGCAACUUUCAGGCA